AUGAUUGUGGUUCAGUCCACAGUUACGACCGCAAGGCAUAUCUCUACCAGCGCGCGUGGGCUGCGUUUUCCGGAACUGCUUGAGAUGCUUGACGUGCCGGUGCUGGUUGGCAACUGCGUAGCUUUCGAUGUGGCGCUUGAGCUUAUGGAGACGGGCAUCCAUGGCGUGCUCGUAGGUGUUGGCCCGGGCGCUGCCUGCACCACGCGCGAGGUGACGGGUGUUGGUGUGCCACAGGUGAGCGCAACGUUAGACUGCGCCGCUGCCCGCGACGAAUACUAUGCACAGACCGGGCGCUAUGUACCGAUAAUCACGGAUGGGGGCAUACGGACGGGCGGAGACCUCUGCAAGGCAUUCGUAUGCGGUGCGGACGCGGUGAUGUUGGGCACGCCGCUUGCGCAGUCCGAGGAGGCGCCGGGCAAGGGCUACAACUGGGGUAUGGCGAACCCGCAUCCCGCACUGCCGCGAGGAACGCGCGUCAAGGUUGGCAUAAACGGCAGCCUUGAGCAGAUUCUGUAUGGUCCAACUUCGGUUACCGACGGUACACAGAAUCUGAUGGGCGCCUUGCAGGUAUGCAUGGGAAUGAUUGGUGCGCAGACUAUACAGGAAAUGCACGACGCGGAGGUCGUGGUUGCGCCGUCGAUAAAGACAGAGGGCAAGCACUACCAGUUGGGCAUGGAGUAA